CCGGCCCGGCUCCGCCCGCCGCCGCCGCGCUCGACAUGGCCGCCGCGCUGGGGAGGCUCCUACGGAGCGCGGUGCCCGCCGCCGCCGCCGCCGGGAGGAGGGUGACGGCGCGGCCGCCGCCCUGCGCCCGCCGCCAGCUCAGCCUCGGCUCUUCCAGGCUCGCUCCUGCCGUCACGCAGCACGCCCCGUUUUUCAAAGGAACGGCUGUCGUCAACGGAGAGUUCAAAGAGCUGAGCCUAGAUGAUUUUAAGGGGAAAUACCUGGUUCUCUUCUUCUACCCUCUGGAUUUCACCUUUGUAUGUCCCACAGAAAUUAUAGCUUUCAGUAACAAAGCAAAUGAAUUUCAUGAUGUGAACUGUGAAGUGGUUGCAGUUUCUGUGGAUUCUCAUUUCUGCCAUCUGGCCUGGAUAAAUACACCACGAAAGAGUGGCGGCUUGGGCCAUAUGAAUAUUCCAGUUCUGUCAGAUCUCACAAAACAAAUCUCCCGUGAUUAUGGUGUGCUACUAGAAGGACCUGGCAUAGCACUACGAGGUCUCUUCAUCAUUGAUCCUAAUGGAGUCAUCAAGCAUCUAAGUGUCAAUGACCUUCCUGUGGGUCGUAGUGUGGAAGAGACCCUUCGCUUGGUGAAAGCAUUCCAGUAUGUAGAAACACAUGGAGAGGUUUGCCCAGCAAACUGGACUCCAGACUCCCCUACAAUCAAACCAAGUCCAGAAGCUUCUAAGGAAUAUUUUGAGAAAGUACAUACAUAAACACUCAAAUAUGCAGAAAAAGGUCUUAGUAACUGAAGGUGUUACUUGUGCAACUUCAACUAAGAGAGAUUUCUGAAGACCUUAAGAAAGCAACUGUGAUUACUUAAAAAAAAAUCUAAUUUCCUCAUGCUUAAAAACAUUAAAUGCUAAAACAUUUACUGACUCCUUUGUCUUGUUUCAAAAGAAAGACGAAAAAGGUGAGUUUUUUUUUCUUGGCCACUUCAGUUUCAUGAAUUUCUGUAGUCAACAGCUGUUUCACUGAAUGGGGGAAGUAUGCUGACAUGUUUGCUUUCCAGUAGGUUCUUCCUAUCUUUUCUUAACUAGCUUUGGACCAGAGAAUUUCCCAGGUUUUCUUUUCUCACAUUAAAGAGGGAAUUCUGUAAUAACAACUUGAAAAGUCACAGUGUGUACAAUACAGAAAACAGGUUUGAUACAGGAUUUGUUUUUAACGAUCUUCUCAGGGGAAGGGAUGAAUGUAAUAAGCAAAAGUAACCUCCAAAUUUUCCAUAUAUGAAUGCACGGUAACUUGAAAUGAAUGUAAAGCUGCUAUUUUCACUGCACAUAUGAUCAAGGAUACAGCACUAAAUAGAACAGGAAUAUUAACAAGCAUGAAGAAUUUAUAUGCUGCUUGCACAACAGUAAAAACAUUAAUGCCUGUGGUGCACUUAGAGCUUAGUGAGAAUCUUCCCUCACUGAAAGAAUUGCUUAUUUGUUUGAAUCUGCUUCCAGAACAACUUAUUGGCCAAAUGUACUGCUUGAAAACAAUGUUGCUUUUCUCUCAAACUACGCAACCUUCAAUAAAUCUUAACAUCUACUA